AUGUGCCGUGGGGCUAGGGGUGGUAUCCUGCAUUUCCUAACACUAACAGAUUGUUUUCCUCUGCCAGCUUUCCCUACAGUGUUUUCUUCCCACCUGGUCCAGCAUGAGGUUGUGGCCAACUACAGCCACCUGUUCUGGGUGCCUGGCUCUGACCUGGCCCUCGUCCCCUACAUGCUGCUGGCCCACAUAGACGUGGUGCCUGCUGAGGAGAGCGACGGAUGGGAGGCCCCACCAUUCUCUGCAAAGGAGAUAGAUGGAUUCAUCUACGGAAGAGGGACCAUCGAUAACAAACAGUCUGUCAUGGGAAUUCUCCAGGCGCUGGAGUACCUGUUGAUAAGAGGUUAUUCGCCGCAAAGGGGAUUCUUCAUUGGUCUGGGUCAUGAUGAGGAGGUGAGUGGCUUCCAAGGGGCCAUGAACAUAGUGAGGGUGCUGAAGAAGAAAGGGGUGCAGCUGGCGUUCGUACUGGAUGAGGGUCUGGCUGUGCUGGAUGGAGUCAUCAGUGGUCUGCAGGGGCCUGCUGCUCUGAUUGGGAUCAGUGAGAAGGGGCUAGCCACGGUGAAGCUGAGCGUCUCCAAGGCCCCGGGUCACUCCUCCAUGCCUCCCAGUGAGAGCAGCAUAGGCAUCCUGGCAGGAGCAGUCAAAAGGUUGGAGGAGAACCCAAUGCCCAGGUUGUUUGGUGAAGGCCCUGAACGUGGGACCUUUGAACACCUGGCUCACAAGUUUAGGCUCCCACUAAAAUUUGUCAUGUCGAAUAUGUGGCUGUUCUCCCCACUCCUUGGAAGAGUAAUGGAAAGAAGACCUGAUACAAAUGCUUUUGUGAGAACGACAACUGCAAUCACUAUGUUCAACUCAGGAGUUAAGGUUAACAUUCUUCCUUCCCAAGCUGAGGCCUAUGUGAAUCUGCGGAUACAUUCAGCACAGUCACUACAAGAGGUUUUGGAGUUGAUACAGUCCACAGUGGGAGAUGAGAGGGUGAAGAUGGAGCUAGUGGAUGGCUUUGACCCGCUGCCUGUCAGCUCCUACGAUGAAACAUCCUUUGGGUUCCAGAUCAUCAAGAAGACAGUGCUGGACCAGUUCCCACAAGUUACUGUUGCCCCUGGUAUCUGCAUCGGGAACACAGACAGCCGUCACUACACAGACCUGGCCAAGGACAUCUAUCGCUUUGCUCCUACGUGGUUCAGACCAGGGGACGCCCAGAGGUUCCAUGGUAUUAACGAGAGGAUUUCUAAGAAGAACUACGAGGAACUGGUGGUCUUUUACUUCAAUCUGAUACAGAACUGUGACAUCAAGGAGCUCCCUUCUCCCCACAGUGCUGGUCAUGAGCUCUAAAGCUGUAUGGCAUUAUGGGUACUGUGGGCGGUGGUUGUGGGGGGUUGUGCUUUGGUGUGUCACGGGGGGCCAGUAUGAAAAAUGUAUGCACUCACUAAUUGGAAGUCGCUCUGGAUAAGAGUGUCUGCUAAAUGACUAAAAUGUUAAUUGAUCACUAAAAAAUACUUACCCGUUGUGUAUGCCACUCUGGCUGCGUUUACACAGGCAGCCCAAUUCUAAUAUGUUUUUCACUAAUUUAUCUUUUGACCAAUCAGAUCAGCUCUGAAAAAUAUCUGAUGUGAAAAGUUCUGACGUGAUUAGUCAAAAGACCAAUUAGAAUAUCAGCCUCUUACAUUCAUAAUCCAGAUCAAAAUGACAAUGUGUUGUGUAACAUUCUGUUUACCCUGUCAGGUUGGGUCCCUCCUUGAUUUUGGAAGAAGCACAGACGUCUUGUGGUGAUACUAUAUGAUAAACAACAAACCAUGGGCACAUUAGCAUAUAUCAAUGCUAUAGUUUGAAUGAAGACAAUCGGAUUGUAUUAUCAAUGACUACAUCAAUUCAAUGUUACUGAGAUAUCAAAAGGGGGCAAGAUCUUACGAGGAACAGAAAUAAUACAUCAGAGAUUUUCAUCUGGGCAAAAAAUUUUAAAGAAAAGAAAACCCCCCCCCACAAAAAACAACUGGACUCUGGUUACAGUAUUGCAUUAGAGAGAUGGAGUUAGAUGUUGGUAUGGCCAUAGAAAAAACUGUUUUAAUUGGUACAAAAUCAAUUUGAUAUGUUACUAUUAUUUUGUUACUGGUCAUUGACAACAUGAAGCUUGAAGUAGGUGGUUGAUGAAGUGUGUGCAGCAUGCAUGUGAGAGAGCUAUUAUCUGAUAUUUGCUGGCCAAAUUUCCUCCCUGUGGAAUGGUAUCUGUAAACAAAUAUUACAUUGUAAAGAUAUUAUAUACAAAUAUUUUUAUUUUCAAUGCACAUUAAAUGGUAUGAAGAUUGAAAUCGCAAGCUUUUAAAAGGAGAUGUGCCAUAACAUUUCUGCUGUAAUUUUGCAUGAUAUCUUACUUGCUGAUUUCUACAAGGUACUUAAGAGCAUUUUUUAUUUUAAAUGUGAAUAUUAAACACACAGGUUAAUUGAGGUGCAAUACUUAAUCCUCUGUUUCAGAUGAUAACUGUGAAAGGAUCUAUUUUUCUUGAAAUACUGCUGCCUAGUGUCAGAGGUACUGUGCCAAUGACGCUAAAGAUAUCGUUGAUGUGGGGGAGUAGUGAACAUAAUGGUUAAUAAACAUGAUGCACUGUG